GCUCCACCCGUGCCUCCUGGUUGCUCUGUGCUCCACCGUGCCUCCUGGUUGCUCUGUGCUCCACCGUGCCUCCUGGUUGCUCUGUGCUCCACCGUGCCUCCUGGUUGCUCUGUGCUCCACCGUGCCUCCUGGUUGCUCUGUGCUCCACCGUGCCUCCUGGUUGCUCUGUGCUCCACCGUGUCUCCUGUCUGUGUUCCUGUCUCUCUUCCCAUUGCUGUUUUGUCUCUUACAGCGGAUGUCCGUUACUCCGGUCGGGACAGUCUGAUCUUCCUGGUCGAUGCGUCUCAAUCGAUGUUCGAACGCGGGGAGGACGACGAGAUGAGCCCCUUUGACAUGACUCUGCAGUGCGUUCGCAGUGUGUACACCAGCAAGAUCAUCAGCAGUGACAGAGACCUGCUGGCCCUGGUGUUCUUUGGGACGGCCGAGCACAAGAACUCCGUCCCCUUCAAGCAUGUCUAUGUGUACCACGAUCUAGACACGCCAGGGGCCCGUCGGGUGUUAGACCUGCACAGCUUCCAGGGAGAGAAGGGGCAGGCCCUGUUCCGGGAGACGCUGGGCUGCAGCGCCGACUUCUCCCUGCAGGAGGCGCUGUGGGUGUGCUCCAACCUGUUCAGCGACGCGAAGACGCGGCUGAGCCACAAACGGAUCAUGCUGUUCACCAAUCAGGACAGCCCUCACGCGGAGGACAGUGGCAAAGCCAGGCUGGCGCGCAGCAAGGCCAGCGACCUCCGAGACACAGGCGUGAUUCUGGACCUCAUGAACCUGCCGAAGCCGGGCGGGUUCGAUGUCUCGCUCUUCUACCGUGACAUCAUCACCGUGGACGAGAACGAGAACGACCUGGGCCUGCAGCUGGGGGCUUCUGAGAAACUGGAGGACCUGCAAAGGAGGGUGCGGGCCAAGGAGUUGAGGAAGAGGGCGCAGGCCAGGCUGUCCCUGACUCUGGGAGAGGGGGUCUCCCUGGCAGUCGGAGUGUAUAUUCUGGUCCGCAGCGCCACCAAGCCCUACCCUGUCAGGCUGUACCGGGAGACCAACGAGCAGGUCAAGACCAAGACUCGCUGGUUCCACGCGGAGACCGGGAGCCUGCUGCUGCCCAGUGACACCAAGAAAGCGCAGACCUACAGGAACAGGCAGAUCGUGCUAGAGAAGGAGGAGACGGAGGAGGUAAACAAGUUUGACGAGCCGGGGCUGGUUCUGAUUGGGUUCAAACCCCUGGAGCGGCUCGAGAGGCACCAGCACCUGAGACCAGCCCAGUUCAUCUACCCCGAGGAGAACCAGGUCACAGGCAGCUCUAAGCUCUUCACUGCUCUGUUGAUGAGGUGUUUGGAGAGGAAGGUGUUUGCUCUUUGCCGGUACACCCCCCGCAGGAACACCCCUCCUCGAUUUGUAGCGCUGGUUGCUCAGUCAGAGGAGCUCGACAAGAACAGAGUGCAGCUCAGCCCUCCAGGGUUCCAUGUGAUCUUCCUGCCCUACGCUGAUGAUAUCCGCUCCCUGGAUUACCCUGAGAAGACGCUCGCCAGCCCAGAGCAGAUCGACAAGAUGAAGGAGAUCGUGCACAAACUGCGCUUCAAAUACCAGAGCGAGGCCUUUGAGAACCCUGUGAUCCAGCAACACUAUCGAAACCUGGAGGCGCUGGCCCUGGACCUGCUGGAGCCCGAGCAGAUAGAGGACCUCACCCUGCCGAAAACAGAGAUGAUGGACCACAGACUGGGUUCACUGGUUUCUCAGUUCAAGGAGCUGGUCUAUCCACCUGGCUACAAUGCUGAGGGCAAGGGAGCCCAAGUGAAACGCAAGCCUGCAGGGGGCAACGGUGGUGGCACCGCUGAAAAGAAGCCUCGCGCGGGGGUUCCGGAGGAGGAGCUGCGGGCCCACAUGAAGAAUGGCACCCUGGGAAAGCUGACCGUGCCGCUGCUGAAGGAAGCUUGCAAGCAGCUGGGCAUACGGGUCACUGGCACCAAGAAGCAGGAGCUGAUCGAUGCCCUCACAGCACACUUCAACAUCUGAACCACCACAGAUUCAGCGGCUCCAGAUUGCUCUCACGGUGACAAGUCAGUUUUGAAAAGUCUGAAUAAACCAUUAUGAGUUUGAUGGCGCUGAUGAGUUAUCUAUCAGGUUACAAGAACAGCGCUGUAUCAGUUUUGGAUCAGUAGCAUUGAAUCGCUAGCGGUGCAAAAAAGUGUAUUUUUUUAAGCAAAGUUCCUGUAAUGGGGGGGGGGAAUGCUGUAUAUGUUUUAGAAAGAUGAGAAAUUGGGUCAACCUCAUGAUGUCUUAAUAUAGGGUGGUCAGUUGCUUAGAAACAAGCUUAGUCAAGUGAGGGCAUCACCCUAAUUAAGAUGCAUAGUUGAACUGGACCAGGAUAUAAUUCUUUGGGCUCAUUCGGGACUGCGACAACAUCUUCCAAAUUCUGACCUGUGAGAUUUGCUCCCGGUUGACCCUUCUGUAACCGCUGACUAGUAUAUUUUGCCUAGGAGCAUAUGUUGCAAUAACUGUGCUGAUUCUGUGUUUUCAAUAACCAAUGGAUAUUACUUAAUAAACCGUUUAAUUUGAUGAUUCUAAA